CGUUGUCAAACCUAAACCGAGUUUCCAAACGAACACACAGUGAGAUGAGGCGAGUAACAUCCACAAACGAUAUUCUGCUGUUUGUUUUCCAUCAUGCCGACACAGAUCAAGAAAGUAACCUGUCUGCGAGUUGAAUACGCACAUUUGUUUUGAUACCCGAUAGUAAUGUGGUGACUCGCAGUUACUCUCGCGGACGUCUGAGAAAGAAAGAGCAAUUUGCACGCCUAAGCAGGUUGUUUGAUGCGCACGGGAUCAGUGGAGAAGUUAGGAACCGGCGGAGCUUGUUAACUUGUUGCGCGGUGAUGCGAGUGUCUUCUUGCGCAAGAUAGUGAAUUGUGAGCCCAUUAUUCUACAUGCCAUUUCUCUUCAUGUCUCAUCUUGACUUGAAGCUUGGUUAGGAUGUACAAGAACUCAUCUAACGGAACGAGAUCUAUCCUCAACAUGAGGAACAGUACAAUUAAGUUCAAUUAGACCACCGGAGCUACCCAGUGGCGCAUAAGUUAGACGUUCUUACAUGCAUCCACUUAGUACACUUUUAUCUGAGUAAAAAUUGUCUGACUUUCUAACUAAACAACCCUAGACAUGUCGGAGUCUUAUGAGGACGGGUCGUGUAGGGACGGAGCUCCAGACUUCAUCCCUGCGAGAGCGACUCGUUCAGGCAGACGGAGUGGAGUCACCGUGCCGCUGGUAGAGCGUGAUGAGGCGGCUGUCCUAGAGUCGGUGAAAACAGCACCGAGGAGGAGCAGCAUUAUUAAGGACCCCUCAGUGGCCAAGGUCAGUGGUGGGCGGAAGAAAAUGGUCUCCUUCAGCAGUAUGCCAUCAGAAAAGAAGGUGAGCAGUGCGGCAGAUUGCCUUGCCUUCAUGCAGGGUGGCUGCGAGCUAAAGAAAGUGCGACCCAACUCUCGUAUCUACUCGCGAUUCUACACUCUGGACCCUGAACUGGCCUAUCUUUGUUGGGAACCCUCCAAAAAGGAUGCAGACCGAGCCAAACUUGACAUCUCCACCAUUCGUGAGGUCCGGAUUGGAAAAAGCACAGAGACCUUCCUCCAUAACGGCCCAUCGGAUCAACUGGCUGAAGAAGCAGCAUUCUCCAUCAUUCAUGGUGAUGAGUACCAGUCCCUGGACCUAGUCGCUCUAUCUGCUGAUGUGGCCAACAUCUGGGUGACAGGGUUGCGAUACCUGUUGUCCCACCCUGGUGUCAUUGGGGGUGGAAGUGGAGAUGAGGGGAGUGUUGGAAGCAAGGUGAGGCAGAAUUGGUUGGCGACUGAGUUUGCGCUGGUUGAUGAGGAUGGACAUGGAAUCGUUUCCGAAGACACAGCAGUGGCCACCAUCUGCAAACUCUGCCCUGGCAUUAAGGAAGCAAAGGUGCAGUUGCGCUUUAAAGAGAUUCAGAGAAGCAAAGAGAAGCUAACUUCUCAUGUGACAUUGGAGGAGUUCCAGGAGGCCUACUGCGAGUUGUGCACAAGACCCGAUGUCUAUUUCCUGUUAGUGCAACUCUCUAAAGACCGAGAGUGCCUUGAUGCCCAGGACCUGCGUCUUUUCCUGGAGACUGAGCAGGGCCUGUCCUUGGCCACCACUGAAGGCUGCUUAGAGCUCCUUCGGCGUUUUGAGCCCUCUGCUGCUGGACGUGAGCGAGGUCUACUGGGCUUGGAUGGCUUCACACGUUACCUACAGUCCACUGAGUGCCAGUUGUUAGACCCGGAGCACCAGAACGUGUGCCAGGACAUGAAGUUGCCCCUGUCUCAUUACUAUAUCAGUGCCUCCUACCGCUCUUACCUGCUGGAUGAUCAAGUGCAUGGCCGGACUGAUCUGGGGGGGCUCAUUCGAGCCCUGCAGGCUGGCAGUCGGUGUCUAGAGCUUGGAGUUACCGAUGGGCAAGAAGGGGAGCCACUAUUGGGUGUAGACCAUGGUACAGAUGGAAAGAAUCAACAUCAUCAUCACCACCACCAUCAUCACCACCAUCAUGGUUGUGUUACCCUACGCAGUGCCCUGGAAGUGGUCAACAAGUAUGCUUUUCUCACCUCCCAGUAUCCUCUACUGCUGUAUCUGUGCCAGCUUUGCUCGCCUUCCCAGCAGCGUACUCUUGCACAACACCUCAAGAAGGUAUUUGGACAGAAGCUCUAUACCCCUGACUCUCUGCCUGUAAGUCAUGGAGGUCGAGCCACCACUCUGCCCUCUCCAGAGCAACUGAAGGGUAGGGUACUUCUUGUUGGAAAGAAGCUGCCUCCAGAAGAGGACGGCUCUGAAGGAGAGGUGUCCGAGGAGGAUGAAGAGAUAGGUGGUGGUGGUCCUCUGGCUGGCCGAAGGAUGACCAUCCCUGGGGAGGAAGAGCUGGGUGUAGUCCUCGUUGUCCCCCCACCUCCACAACCAAGACGUCUCCGCUUGUGCCGCGAAUUGUCCGAUCUGGUUGCGGUCGCUCGUACUGGAAGUCGCAGCUUUUAUGCUCACCGGGCAAGUACUCAGCAAUCCCAGCAGCAUUCUCCCCCCUCCACUCCCUCUACACCAGGCACGCCAAUGCUUCUAGACCCCCCAUACUGGACCCUGUGCUCUCUUGGGGAAGGGGAAGCAGGCCGGCUGGCUAGCGAAUGCCCCGAAGAACUGGUGAGCUUCACCAAGCGCAGUCUUACCCGUGUGCGCCCCAGUUCAGUAAGGCUAGACUCUAGCAACCCAAACCCACAGGGAUACUGGAAAGGAGGUGUGCAACUGGUGGCGCUCAACCAGCAGACUCCAGGUGCCAUGAUAGACUUGAGUCGUGGUCGGUUUUUGCAGAAUGGUGGGUGUGGGUACGUUCUGCGUCCAACAGUCAUGCGAGAGGAGGUUUCCUACUUCAGUGCCCAGUCGCAAGGCUGUGUGCCUGGCGUACCACCGCAAAUACUCAGGGUGAAGGUCAUCAGUGCCCAUAGCCUACCCAAACCACAGGGCUCUGGUGCCAAAGGUGAGGUCAUUGACCCUUAUGUGGUGCUGGAGCUGCAUGGUGUACCAGCAGACUGUGCUGAGCAGAGAACUCGCACCGCUGCCCAGAACCAGGAUGACCCGCUGUUUGAUGAGACCUUUGAGUUCCAGGUGAACAUGCCUGAGCUUGCCCUGCUACGUUUUGUAGUUCUGGAUGACGAUUAUAUUGGUGAUGACUUCAUUGGCCAGUACACCAUUGCCUUUGAGUGUCUUCAGCCUGGCUAUCGCAACGUGCCCUUGCUGGGCCUUUCUGGUGACCCUUUACCUCAUGCCAGCCUGUUUGUACAUGUGGCCAUCACUAACCGCAGAGGUGGGGGUAAGGCCCAGAGACGGGGUCUGUCUGUAAGGAGAGGAGUGCGGCGUGGGCGAGAGUAUGUCGCCCUGCGAAACACGGGCAUCAAAGUGCUGGAUGACACUUUCCGCUCUUCCAGCACACCUCUGCGAGAGGCUACAGACCUGCGAGAGGAUGCGCUGAGCGCAACAGUGGCUUUCAAAGAGCAGUGUGGGCUCCCCCCAGUGGCUACAUUAAAGCAGUGCAUCCAGAGCAUAGCCACAAGGUUGCAGAGUCCAGAUGGGCCCCCAGGGGCCAUGCUCACUCUGAAGGAUGGUUACCCAUGCUUGGAACUUGUGGGCAACUUAACUGACAUUACUCGUAAACUGCUAUCUGGUUAUGACUCCAUGAUUUCGGCCAACAAGCAGCUCAUAGAGAAUGCAGAUGGAGUGCAGGAGCGAAUCGCUCAAGUGCAAAAGGAAGGCAUGAUGUUUCAUGAAGACCUACCCAGAUUAGGGGAGAAGGAAAAUUUGAAAGGCCGUAAACAGAGUAAGGCUUUGGAAAGUUUCACCUGGAACAUCACUGUGCUGAAGGGCCAGUGUGAUCUCUUACGCAGUGCUAAGGUAGAUGCUUUGGAUACUUUGAGACAGCUGGCACUGGCUGGGGAGGCGUGUGGCCUGACCUUGACCUCUGAUGGUCAGUACACCUCUCAUUGCCUGUCCUCCAGACGUGGCAGUAGCCAUGGCAAUGGUCGCAUCUGAGCCUCAGAGACACGCAGAGGGAUUCAGAGAAUAUAGUAAAUAGAUGAAUGAAUGGAUGAAGGAAUAGAUGGAUGUCUAGAUGGAUUGUUGGACAGACAGAUUGGCAAAUCUACAGGUCUCUUAAAUGUACAGACAUACAAGGACAUUCGCCUUUUGCUUAGUGCAGUACAAGAGGUGCUUGAUUUUUAUCACAGCAGUGGCCAAUAGAUGGGAUAUGAGGACAAAAUAAGAAAUGUUCUGAUCAUUCCAUUAGAUGAAAUUCCUCAGCAAUACAAAAUGACUCGGAAACUCAAAACAAAGACUUUCACUGGAAUAAAUAACAUUCCUGUAAUAUAUAAGAGGACAGGACUUUUGUAGUAAUCUCCUUGUAAUUCACAAACUAAACAGAGACACAUUCUUUCAUGUUAUACUUUUUACACAUUCUCCUAACAUUUUAGAUACAUUUAUGAAUAGAAACUUAAACUAAUGCAGACUAGAUACUGUCAUUCCCCAAAAGUUCAAAAACAAGUGAGUUUUUUUUUAUUUGGGUUUGCACGAACACAUGUCAGAAACUACAUUUUCAGGGGUUCUACUGAGGGAAUGGCAUGAGUCUGCAUUGACUUCCUCAAUUUUGUCACUCAAACUGAUUGACAGGUGAUGCCCACCAGCAGGACAAAAACGCUUCUUCCCCCAGCCCUGUACAGCCCAGUGUAUGGGAUAUCUCUAGUGCCUCUCCAUUGGAGGGAACCGUAUCCUCAUUUUCCAUGUUCACAUACCUUUCCAUGUUCACGUACCUUCAGGGUAGUGACAUAGAUUGUAUUUGGCUUAUUAAGAAUGCAGAAUGAACAUUUGAAGGCUUUUUUGGAACGCUGCUCACUUGGGAUGACCAGGACUGAUGACAUCAAACAUUCCUGAAAUCUGUGCAGAAGGCUUUCGUGUGUGUACUGUAAUCUACACACAGACCUGGGAUUGUUCGAGGAUGAAAUGUUAAACACACAAUUUAAAAAACAUUUUGGAUCAAAAGUGGCUUUAUUCCAUCAUGAAAUCCACUGGCCUGGUCUUUGCCUCCUAUUUUGUCAUGGAGACAAAAAUGCUUCUUAAAGUAACAAGGCAAGAAUUACUGAUCAAAAACUGUUAAAAAAUGCUUUAAGCAUGGAGAGUACUUAAAUGGAUGAAAAAUCUGAGGUAAAAAUCUUACAACAUUCAUUGUGUAACACUCAAUGUGUAGAUAGACAUCGUGUAGAUAGAUAAGGAAAUAUUUGGCAGUUUUUUGUCUACUACUGUUGAAGACACAGUACAAAAGUUUUUUCCCCCUCUUUUUUUCCCUGACAGAGUAACAGAGAUUAGAUAUGUGACUUUGGAAAUAAUAAUAAUAAUAUAAUGAUAUAUAUAUACAUGUAUAUACAUGUAUCUCAUUAAAGACAUGGAGAAGUGUUUGUAAGUUGUGUGCAUAUGUGCAUUGUGCAAAUGUGUGCAAGGGUGCUACUGUAAAUGUGAGAUGUUUCAAUGGUAAAUGUUCUGAAUGUAACGUAUCUCUCCAUUGCUUGAGGGAUUCGGCGGUUGUAUUUGAUGUCAAAGCUUUUGUUGAGAGAGUAAAGGAUUUUAUUUUUGAUGUGAAGACCAAAUGAGAAUUAUAUUCACAACAUGUGUGAAAAUUAAUAAUAAAAAUAAACACACACACACACACACACACACACACACACACACACACACACACACACACACACACAAUAAGAAAAUACGUAACUUCCUCACAAACAGAUGCUAGACUUCCCACUCUCCUUAUAAACCCUUUUACUGUCUAUUCUCAUUUACUUUUCUCUUGGCAUCUUAACUGCGUCCUCUUCCUAUUCUCUCACCCACUCUGAAUGAGUGACUGGGGUAAUACUGAUGCUUGACUGAAUAAUACACACUGGGUCAAGUGAUCCUUGCCUGCCAUGAAUGUGUUCUGACUCCUGAAGUGUUCCUUAAUUAACAAAACAUUUUCUGAAGAGUGAACUAAUCAAAUAAGGGAAAUGUAGUAUAACUUUAUGCUGCAAAUUGCAUUUUGUCUGCAGACAAGUUUAAGUGUUAAGCAUUCCUGUCCCCUGUAUACUUGGUAUGUGUGUGUGAGUGUGCACGUGUGUUUAUUUAGAACAUGUAACCCUGUUCCUCUGACCCUUGGAGCUGCAUCCAGAGGAACUGUAUACCUGUAAAGGGGCCAAAAUCUAAAUAAUGAAUACCCAUUCACAGUAUUAGCUUUCCCUUCCAGAUUAGAUGGCUCCUGAGAUUUAACCAGUUGGAGAGGUGAAGUAAGUUGUCUCACUUUGAAUGUGUACAAUUACUCUUAUGAACAAAGUUAAUCAAUCUAACAUAAAUACAGUGUGUCACUGUCCGCAAGGGCCAAUGCCAAGCAAAAUGAACCCCAUUGAGGAGCACUUUAAACUAAACAGAGCAAUCCAUUUGGAUGAGUCCAUUGAUUCCUGCAGUAUUAGGUAGUGGUCAGCAUCUAAGGCAAUAAUACUCUGCUGUUUGAUAUUAAACAUAAGUACUAGUCUAACGAGGAGCAUUAAUCCAGAUGUCUUAAUUGGCUUUUUUUCCAUGUAUGGUUACCGUCCCCUGCACUUAGUGUGUGUUUAUUGUGUUCACCUUUCCUCUAGCUCUUAAAAUGAAACAUUUUAUUGGUUUGUCGCAUUCGUAUUAGCAAUUGUUGUUCUUGUAUAAACAGAGAUUAUUUAUUAAAGGUGACAAUUAAAGUUGCGUUAAACAAAGCAACAUUGCCUCUAUUUUGUAGUGUUGAUUUUCAUUUUAAAACAUUAACAAGUUGAUGUAACACAGAUGUGCCACAGACUAAAUAAAGCUAUCUUUUACUGA